AUGGCGCGCGUCUAUGCUGAUGUCAAUAAGCAUAUGCCUCGGUCCUACUGGGACUAUGACGGGGUAAAUAUCUCCUGGGGCGUCCUGGAGAACUACGAAGUUGUCCGCAAAAUUGGCCGCGGGAAGUACUCCGAAGUGUUCGAAGGCAUCAACAUCGUCAACUACCAGAAGUGCGUCAUCAAGGUCCUUAAACCGGUCAAGAAGAAGAAGAUCAAGCGAGAGAUCAAGAUCCUCCAGAACCUGGCAGGUGGUCCAAAUGUGGUAGCCUUGCUCGAUGUUGUCCGCGACAACCAGAGCAAGACCCCGAGCUUGGUCUUUGAAUACGUCAAUAAUCUCGAUUUCCGCACACUUUACCCGCGUUUCUCCGACUACGAUGUCCGUUUCUACAUCUACGAGCUCCUGAAAGCGUUAGAUUUCUGCCACAGCAAGGGCAUCAUGCACCGUGACGUGAAGCCCCACAAUGUCAUGAUCGACCAUGAGAAGCGAACGCUCCGCCUGAUCGAUUGGGGUCUCGCCGAAUUCUAUCACAAGGGCACAGAAUACAAUGUUCGUGUCGCCUCAAGGUACUUUAAGGGGCCCGAGCUUCUUGUCGACUUCCAAGAGUACGACUAUUCCCUGGAUAUGUGGUCACUCGGUGCCAUGUUUGCUUCUAUGAUCUUCCGGAAGGAGCCUUUCUUCCAUGGCAACAGCAACUCCGAUCAGCUGGUGAAGAUCGCCAAAGUCCUAGGAACCGAGGAACUGUUUGAGUACCUGGACAAGUACGAGAUUGAGCUUGAUCCGCAGUAUGAUGAUAUCCUCUCCCGAUUCCCCCGCAAGCCUUGGCAGUCAUUCGUCAACAGCGAAAACCAGCGUUUCAUCAGUGACGAGGCAAUUGACUUCCUAGACAAACUACUCCGUUACGACCACGCGGAACGUCUUACCGCCCAGGAAGCCAUGGCCCAUCCAUAUUUCGCACAGAUCCGAGCUGAAGAGGCCGCUAACCGAAGCACUCCAUCCUCAUGA